CUCCGCUGGGUAAACGCGCUCGCAGAUGCCAUGUGAAAACGCGCAUGCUGGCCCUACCGCUCGUUCUCGACCGCUUCACGCGCGCCUCUGGAAUGCUUUUGCACUGCAGUCUCGCACUUUGUCGUUGACGAGACGAGGCGAAAACUUCACGCAGGAUCUUGUUGUUUUUACUCUGGUUUAUGUUUGUUUCUUCAUGACUGACGUGAGCAAGGCGCCACCACUAUGCGAGCCCAAAUUGAAGUCAUACCAUGCAAAAUCUGCGGAGACAAGUCAUCAGGUAUCCACUAUGGAGUCAUCACAUGUGAAGGCUGCAAGGGUUUCUUCAGACGCAGUCAACAGAACAACGCCUCAUACUCAUGUCCCCGUCAGCGCAACUGUUUGAUCGACAGAACGAACCGCAACCGCUGCCAGCACUGUCGGCUACAAAAGUGCCUGGCUCUGGGCAUGUCCCGGGAUGCUGUUAAAUUUGGCCGCAUGUCUAAGAAGCAAAGGGACUCAUUGUACGCAGAGGUGCAGAAACACCAACAGAGACUACAGGAACAGCGGCAGCAGCAGUCGGGCGAAGUGGAGGCCCUCGCCCGUGUUUACUCCUCCAGCCUUACAAAUGGCCUCAGCACGCUCAACCACGAGAUCGGAGGCACGUACGCCAACGGUCACAUCAUAGACAUGCCCAAGGGCCAGUCGAACGGCACGCAUGGCGGCUACUAUGGCAUGGACUCCACCCAGCCCAGCCCUGAUCAGUCUGGUCUGGAUAUGACUGGAAUGAAGCAGAUCAAACAGGAACCCAUAUACGAUUUAACCCCUGUUCCCAACCUAUUCACUUAUGGAUCGUAUCAGGACAGCCAGCUGGCACCUGCAGUGUCCAUGGGGGAGUUAGACCGAAUUGCUCAGAACAUCAUAAAGUCCCACCUGGAGACGUGUCAGUACACGGCAGAUGAGCUUCAGCAGCUAGCCUGGCAGACACACAAUUACGAAGAGGUCAAGAUAUACCAAAGCAAGUCACGGGACAUGCUGUGGCAGCAGUGUGCGAUACAGAUAACUCAUGCCAUUCAGUAUGUGGUAGAAUUUGCCAAGCGCAUCACUGGCUUCAUGGAGCUCUGCCAGAACGACCAGAUAUUACUGCUAAAGUCAGGUUGUCUUGAAGUUGUGCUGGUCAGAAUGUGCCGGGCAUUUAACCCUCUCAACAACACAGUUCUGUUUGAGGGAAAAUAUGGAGGCAUGCAGAUAUUUAAAGCACUGGGUUGUGAUGAUCUGGUCAGCGCUGUGUUCGACUUUGCCAAGAGUCUGUGUUCACUGCAGUUAACAGAAGAGGAGAUCGCUUUGUUUUCUGCUGCAGUGCUCAUAUCUACAGACCGGCCGUGGUUAAUGGAGCCCAGGAAAGUGCAGAAGCUACAAGAGAAAAUCUACUUUGCCCUGCAGCACAUCAUGCAAAAGAACCAUCUGGAUGAGGACGCACUAGCCAAGCUGAUUGGUCGAAUCCCCACACUGUCUGCGCUGUGCACUCUCCACACCGAGGAACUACAGGCCUUUCAGCAGCUCCACCCAGAGACGGUUAACAUGCUCUUCCCACCCCUUUAUAAAGAGCUCUUUAACCCCGAUGCCGCAAGCGUCAUGCCCAAAUGACCACGCACAUUCCACAGCAAUCGAUGGGCCGUCCCUCACAGAAGUUGAUGAUGAAAACAACUACAGCUACAAUUGCUUCGCAGCUACAAAGAAAAUCACUUUAGGAAUGUCCUGCACUUCAAAAGUCCAACUCCAUUUCACCGGUACAGUCAUAAGAAUGUAUAUAUACGCCAGAAAUGUACAGACUUUAGGACAAUAUAAGGUGUCUUUAAAUUGUUUGUUUAACUUCUCUUUUUUUUAUAUAUAAAAUAUUGAAACAAGGGAGGGGGAUAACGAUAAAGUAGUCAUUUCUUUAGUACAAAGUGGUAUUCCAGUAUUACAUCUUGUUCUGUUAAUAUUUUAGUCAUUAUUUAAAAGCAACACUGGCCUGAAAGGCUCGUCUAUGUCAUUUUUCGUAUUUGUUUUGUAGUUUUACCUGUACAGAAUAUUUGAAGUUUGGUAAAAGGUUAACAGGGAACUAACUUUGUUUGGAAACAUUUAAAAGCCUUGUCUGGGCUAUGUAGAUAUGUACAAACAGCACACGCUAAUCCUACACCUUUAAGGAUUUAAAGUGAAAAAAUUGAUAAUGGUUUCCAUAAGUAUAAAGAUAUAUGUUUUAUGUAAAUUGUAAGGAGGAUGGUAACCUUGUCAAUCGUAGCUGCAAUAACAAUAAAUAGUCGUUUCUGUGAUGCAUUACUUGCUUAAAACAAUCCAGUCAUGGGAAGCCCUCACAAUCCAAUAAGUUCUUAUGGACGCACUGCCAAAACUAAUACAUUAGCAAAGUGAAGCAAACACAUAUGUAGCCUGACAAUCACAUUUGAAUGUGAAUCAGUACUCACACUGCAGUAUAAUUCCACUGUAUGCAGCUAUUAUUAUAAAUAAGAUUUAUAAUAUGUAAGAUACUUCACAUCAUUUGUGUUUGAACCUUCUUGGUCCAAGAGACAGCAUAUAAAGUACCAUCACAUCCCACCAGGUGGCGAUUAUGAGAGUUCUUUCCCUUUUCUUGACCUGUACUUAGGGAUCUGAAGCCAUAAGUUUCUUAAGAAGGAAAAAUAACAUUAACACAAGAUAUAACAGACACAUUUUCAGUAUCACUAAUUGACGCAUUUAUAUAAUGAAAUGCACUUAAAAGCACUUAACUAAGAAGGAGUACUGUGAAACAGGCACAAAUAUAAUCAGCUAAAGCAAUCGUUUAACCUUGUUCAAGUCCAUUUUGAACUAACCCGAACCCUUUCAGCCCAACUUUAGGGAAUCUUUCAAAAUUCCUUCAUUUUAUAGUAGUUUCCUCUUUGAGACAAUCAAUUCUGGGUGCAACUUUCCGGCAUCCAUCUCAGGGACUUCUCUUGUAAUAUUUUCAAUAGAAAGAGAGUACUAUUUUAAAAAAUAUGGACAUUUUUAGGAAACGCGCAAAUACCCAGACAAGGCUUUGUUAUGUGUAUAAAGUGUGAAACUAUCGUUGAGAGGUUAAACAGGCAGAAUUCACCUGCUGGUCUUGCCACAUCGUCAAGCGGCGGUCUCUCUCUCAUUUUUUUGUAAAUAUAAACGUGCAGCCAAGCACCAGCGGUGAGGCCUGUACUCCAAAUGCAAAAUGUUGUAAUUAUUAAGCAUCUUCGAAAAUGAAAUGGAUUUUAUGUAAGUUAGAUUAUUUAUACCGAGCAUUAAUAAGCUGCUCAUUGUCGGAAAUCACAUUUUAAAAUUACGAUGAAGGCAUUUUUUUGUACUAGACUGUGAAUCGAGGAAUUUGAGAGGUUGACACUGUUAGGUACUGUAGCAAUAAUGAAGCAUUUACUACAGUCAUGUUUUUGCGUUCUAAGAUUUUUAUUUUAUUAUAAUUAUUAUAUUAUUAUUAUUAUUAUUAGCCUGUUGUUCAGUUAUCCUUGCAUGCUGGUUCAUAAUCUAAAGGAACCUUUGGGCUUUUGUGUUUUCUGGGGGAGGGAGGUAUUGGGUUAUGGAGGUUUUGGGGGGUCAUUUUAUUCUGAAUGUUACAGUACCUGCUAUUUGUUCAGUGACUGAUAACACACAGACACACACACAUACACAAUGAAUUAUACGAUUAUACAGGCACUUACUAUACUGUUCUGCUAAUCAAAACACAAGCGUUGAAUGCCAUAUACAUCUGCUACAGCAUGCACUUGCCCGAAAUGAAGGAAACAACAGGUGUGUAUGUGUCUCUGUGUGUGUAUGAGGUACACAUCCUCAUGAAACCACAUACAGUACAACUAAAUAAACAGUAUGAUCUACUGAAGCUCCUCCAACACUACUGAAACACACACCAUUUCUUUUUAUUUAUAAAUCUGAAUGUGUCUGCCUCCCUGUGAUGAAGAAAUAACAAACAAUAUGUUACCGAUACCUUUACAAAUCUGUGUAUGUACUUCAUAUGUAAAAGGUACUGCAUUUUUGUUUUCAAGUGCCAUAGCUGGUGUGAAGUAAAGCUGAAUGGCAUACGGGGUAGAUGCUUUACUGUAUAAACCAUUUACUUGAGAAGCAAUCGUAAAGUGAAUUCAGAUGCAAGGGUGGGUGAAUAUAACUGUUGGCUCUGAUUGACAGAACUUUAGCACAUGUCCACAAUACAAGUAAAGCGCAUGUAGCAUUGGGUGGGGGGUAUGUUAACUUGCCAAGUGUGCGUGUGCAUGCGUGCGUGUUUGCGAAUUGCAUUGUAAAACAGUAUAUAAAUGAAGGGUGAAUAGCACUUUGCGUGAUGAUAUGAUGUGUGUGUGACUGUCUACAGUACUAUAAGUGAGCAGUGGUUCAAGUUUGAAGUGCGAGCAUUGUGGAAUGGACAUGUAAAAGUACUGCUUAAUCGAGACCUUAAGGAGUCUCCUCAAUGUUGUACAUAUUAAGCAAAGGACUUAAGUGAUUUUUGUUAAAUUCUAUAUUUUAUGGCUUUUGUAGACAUUUCUUUGUGGGAUAAAAAAUAAAAUUUUAUGGAUGCAGUCUCUGUAUGUGUUUCUUGUUCAGUCGAAUAAACUGCCAUUUAUUUCUUUGCUAAAAACCACAUUAUACAUUUGUUUGCAUAGACUUAUAAAAAUAACAGAUACUGUCUGAAAUACUGCAAUUAGUAUAAAAAAGAAUGGUGUGUAUAUACAUACUGUAUACAUCUAUAUACAGUAACAACAGUCAGUUACAUACCAGCAAUACUA